AUGUCUAAUACUAGCGACAGAGGCGGCAACCAAUUGGAGCACCGGAAUUACACUUGUAAUGAAUGUGACAUCAUCAUUACCAUCCUCUCUUCUUCUACUUCUCCUUCUCCAUACUGCCCCUUAUGCAAUCUAGUUUCUACCUUUUCUUCUUCAACCCCUUUUGAAGUUGGUCUUGAUGAUCAUGAAAACGAAGACGACGAGGAACUGAUUCCAACCGUUGAGAUCUCAUCUUCAACGUUGUGUUGCUCUUCCUCAGACGACUCUACUUUACCAUGCGCCAUAUGCAGAGAUGAUUUCGUGAUUGGAGAAUCUGCUCGGAGAUUACCUUGCGACCAUUUAUACCAUAAUGAUUGCAUUACUCCUUGGCUCACUAGUCAUAAUACGUGCCCUCUCUGUCGGUUCGAGCUACCGGGUGCAUCUAGUGGAGACGACAGUGGUUUGACCAUGUGGUUCGAUGCGUUGGCGUUAGAGGAUGACUUGGAAGAAGAUAUGGGAACCGUCACGCUCGAUUUGUACCAAAGUUUGGACGGCUAG